GUCAUUGAACAUAUGCUUUUAAAUUAUUUAUCGGUGACUUAAUAAUGGACAUUUUCUAUAAAUAGUGCAUUCGUAUUUUAUUUUUUAAUAUACUUCUUCCUCGCAACGAUUAACAACGUAUAAAGUUGAGAAGACAAACAGCCAUCCCUGAUUUGUAUAGAAAAGUGACCAAACCGGAUGGUAAAUCGAUUUCAGGAUCUGAAUUCAUCAUGGCGCAUGACAUCAACUAAUAACAAGAUUAAGAAUACUUACUUUUGAUUAGUACAAAUAACUUAUACAUAGUCUUUGCUUUAUUUUAGAUAAACAAUUAUGAAUAUAAAUGAUUUACCGGCAGAGAUGCUGAUUGAGAUAUUCACUUACCUACCAGAAUGGGAUUUCCUUAGAAAUGCUCGCCAUGUCUGUCAAUUAUGGAAUCUUAUUUCUACAUCACCGAUCCUUCGACAAAAUGUGGAGCUAAAUAAAUACAUGGAUUCAUUCGCAUAUCCCCUGAAAUAUUUCUCGGCCAUACAACUCUAUAUAAAGAAACUUGUUAUGCAUUCUACGUAUAUACAGACAUUCGAGAAACAUUAUCAAGAUGUGAAAUUUGAAAAUCUUAAAUCAUUGCACAUCACUAGUAAGGUUCAGUGUACUUGGUGGCCAAAUUCUGUAUUCAAUAACUUUUUCUCUAUGUUCCCAAACUUUCAGAUAAUCAAGAUCACUCCUGACUUUUGGAAAGACGCUGAAAAUUGUUUAUAUGCAUUAUCUAAAUACUCGAUCAUUGAAUUAGACUUUGGAUAUUAUGGUAGCACAGUGUAUGGUGGCAACCUACACGAUUUGCACUAUAGGUUUAUACAAUUUGUGCAUGGUCAAAGAAGUUUGAAAAUCUUAAAAAUCAGGGCGUCGCAUUAUUUUGCGGAAAAUACAGUGGCGCAAAUUUUGGAAAUAUGUCCAACGUUAACAUCGUUGAAUAUUUCAGGAGCCUAUGUAUCAGCGGAAUCCUUCAAAAUGUCCACAAAUGGUUUGGCUUUAACUGAGUUUUCUAUGAAAUCGCAAAGCGAGUUUGGAGAUGACGACUUGGAGGCGUUAACAAAACGUACUUCGUGUUUAAAAACUCUAAAUAUUGAAGGUUGUAGUUUGAUAACAGAACGUGGCUUUCUCCAUAUUGCAUUUAAUUGUUCUCAUCUCAAGAGGCUAUUUAUUGGAGAAUUAAAUUCGAAUUGUGUAACUGACUUAUCUAGUGACGUCAUCACAAAAAUAGCAAAAGCCUGUCCUCAUCUGGAAUUCCUUUCUGCAAUUGGCUGUUCAAAACUUGAAGACGACUGUAUAAUGGAUCUGGCAUCGUCAUGCGGCAGUCUUCUGGGUAUAAAUCUAAACGGUUGUACCAAUAUUACAGAUAUUUCAUUAUUUGCACUAGCUGACCAUUGUCCAUUGCUGAAUGUGUGCGAGAUACGAAACAGUGCUAUAUCCCUCAAAGGCGCAAUGUAUUUAAUACAGAAUUGCAAAGGACUUACCAAAUUGAAUACGUCGAACUGCAACAAUAUUGAUGACACAAAUGUGUCCGAACUUGAAAAUAUGUUGGAUACACAGAGUCAAACCUACCAACCAAGAACAAAUUCGUCAAUCAAUAGUGAACUCGAUAUGUCUAGAUCCAAAAUGCAUUGUUUCCACGCUCACUUGAAAGACUUGGAUCUUAGUGAAAGCAUGCAUGUUACAAGAACAUUAGUAACCAAGUUAACUAAAAUAUUACCAGAUUUGAUAUCUCUUAGGUUAUCAAUAUCUGCUGAUAUUGAUUCAGAUAAAGAAUGGUUCCAGGAAAUUUUUGAGAACUGUGUUUGUUUGUCCGAAUUCAAACUAUCUACAACAACAAUUCGGAGGCAAGAUUACUUGAAGUAAUAAGUGUAUCGUAUGUGGGUUUUUUGAUGCUCAAACUUUCAAAGUAUCUUGAUAUUAGUAAUGAAAAAUACCAGUACAUCGUGAAAGUCGUGUGGCUGGAAUUAAGAAAACGUUAUGAGUGUGCCUUUCAAUUGAUUUAUUCAUGCAGUGUCUUCUUGAUUUCGGCAUUUUCACAUUUGUUUUAGUUUUUUAUUCAGUUUUGAUAGCUAUCCUUGUUGAGGUCUCAAAAUGAAACAAGGAUAUCAGUGUUUUUUUUUUAUCACUGCUUCAGUAUUGAUAUAAAUAAUUUUUCAAUAAUUCACCUUGUCAAAUGUAUGUCAUAUUUCGUACUUUCAUGUAUUUUUUUUUUUUUUUCAAAAAGAAAAAAAAAUUGUAUUUACAGUACCACUAAUGGAGCAAUUGCUUAAUCUUUCGGAACAUAUGAGUUCUUCCGGGUUUUGGUGGGGAUCCAUGUUGCUCAAUCUUUAGUUUUCUGUGUAGUGUAUUGUGUCUUGUUGUUUGUUGUUGGUCUUGUAGUCUUGACCUUUUUUGGUCAUGCUUUUAUCUGUUUUUCUUCGACGUUUGAUUUUUGAUUGCCUUUGGUAUUUUAUCUCCUUUCUUGAUUGCAUAUAGAUGAUAUAUUCUAAGUAGGACAAUCCAAUUUUGUCUUAACACACAAAUGAAUCUAAGUCUUUUAAAAACAGGUGAUGUGGUAUGAUUGUCAAUGGGACAAUUAUCCCCCAAAGACCAAAGGACGAGGAUGGAUGUAAAGAACUACAGGUCUCCGUAUUGCCUUCAACUAUAAA